CACAAAAGGUGAGCAAGCAGUUUUCAAAGGAUGCUUUCAAUUCCCUGGCCAGUCCGUGUGUGUGUGUGUUUUCCUCUACAAAAUGUUUCCAAUUACUGUGGCACUCCCGGUAUCUGGAUCCAUCGCCAGUGAAUUCCUCUGCAGCGCCUGCCAGACAUAUGGGAUCAAUCAGCGCUUCGGCGCUGGUGCGCUUGCUGAGGGCAUGUUGACAGCCUGACAGACGCGGCGUUCUGGUGUCAUGGAAUCUCCGAGUCUUUGGCUUGAUCCCGGGAGGAGAACAAGAGGGGGAGGAGAGAGAUAGAGGCAGAGAUAGAGGCAGGAGAGAGCCGAGAGGAGAGGGAGAGACAGAGAGGAGGGAGAGAGGGAGGGAAGCGGGAGAUUUUUCUUGACUGCCCCCUUUCCUUCAAACAUUUUAUAGGCUUCAGAGAGAGAAGGGAGGAGAGAGGGGUAGAGAGCGCGCGCCGUUCCCUGGCGAGUCCCCGCGCUGCCGGAGGAGUCUGGAUUGUGUCCCCAGUGUCAGAUGAAAGGGCGCUGAGGCUCGCGGCCGCCGUCCCGCGCCGCGCACUCCCCUCCACGAGCCCGGCCGCCGAGCGUCUCCUCCGUUCCGUGUCGGGGCCACCGCCUGCGCUCCGGGGCGGCCGCUCCGUCUCCAGCGCAAUGUGGCCGCGUCUGGCCUUUUGUUGCUGGGGUCUGGCGCUCGUUUCGGGCUGGGCGACCUUUCAGCAGAUGUCCCCGUCGCGCAAUUUCAGCUUCCGCCUCUUCCCCGAAGCCGCGCCGGGGGCUCCCGGGCGGCUGCCCGCACCGCCCGCGCCCGGCGAGGACGCGCCCGAGAGCAAAGUGGAGCGGCUGGGCCAGGCGUUCCGGCGGCGCGUGCGGCGACUGCGGGAGCUCAGCGAGCUCCUGGAGCUCGUCUUCCUGGUGGACGAGUCGUCCAGCGUGGGCCAAGCCAACUUCCUCAGCGAGCUCAAGUUCGUCCGCAAGCUGCUGUCCGACUUCCCCGUGGUGCCCACGGCCACGCGCGUGGCCAUCGUGACCUUCUCGUCCAAGAACAACGUGGUGCCGCGCGUCGACUACAUCUCCUCCCGCCGCGCGCACCAGCACAAGUGCGCGCUGCUCAGCCGCGAGAUCCCGGCCAUCACCUACCGCGGCGGUGGCACCUACACCAAGGGCGCCUUCCAGCAAGCCGCGCAAAUUCUUCGCCAUUCUCGAGAAAACUCGACAAAAGUUAUAUUUCUCAUUACUGAUGGGUAUUCGAAUGGGGGAGAUCCUAGACCAAUCGCAGCAUCACUGCGAGAUUUUGGAGUUGAGAUCUUUACGUUCGGCAUAUGGCAAGGAAACAUUCGAGAACUGAAUGACAUGGCCUCCACCCCAAAGGAAGAACACUGCUACCUGCUCCACAGUUUUGAAGAAUUUGAGGCUCUAGCUCGCCGGGCAUUGCAUGAAGAUCUGCCUUCUGGGAGUUUUAUUCAAGAAGAUAUGUCCCAUUGCUCCUAUCUGUGUGAAGCCGGCAAAGAUUGCUGUGACCGAAUGGCAAGCUGCAAAUGUGGGACACACACGGGUCAAUUCGAGUGCAUCUGUGAAAAGGGGUAUUACGGCAAAGGUCUGCAGUAUGAAUGCACAGCUUGCCCAUCAGGGACAUACAAACCAGAAGGUGUGCCAGGAGGAAUCAGCACUUGCCUUCCAUGUCCUGGUGAAAACCACACCUCUCCACCCGGAAGUACAUCCCCUGAAGACUGUGUCUGCAAGGAGGGCUAUCGGCGCUCCGGCCAGACCUGUGAAGUUGUCCACUGCCCUGCCCUGAAGCCUCCUGAAAAUGGUUACUUUAUCCAAAACACUUGCAACAACCACUUCAAUGCAGCCUGUGGGGUCCGAUGUCACCCUGGAUUUGACCUCGUGGGAAGCAGCAUCUUCUUGUGCCUACCCAAUGGUUUGUGGUCCGGUUCAGAGAGCUUCUGUAGAGUAAAAACAUGCCCUCAUCUCCGUCAACCCAAACAUGGCCACCUCAGCUGCUCCACAGGGGAUAUGUCCUACAGGACAACGUGUUUGGCUACCUGCAGUGAAGGGUACAGACUAGAAGGAAGUGCUAAGCUUACCUGUCAAGGAAACUCCCAGUGGGAUGGUCCAGAACCCCGGUGUGUGGGUAAGUUCCUGAGAGGCAUGGUGCCUUUGGUGAUUGAUUUCUCUUGUGCUCUGAUGUCUCCUGUGUCAAUCCAGGUUCACCCAGCUUUUACCCCACCUUACCUUUUUCCAAUUGGAGAUGUUGCUAUCACAUACACAGCAGUUGACCUAUCCAGCAACCAAGCCAGCUGUACUUUCCAUGUCAAGGUCAUUGACGUACAACCACCUAGCAUAGACAGGUGCAGAUCCCCACCUCCGAUCCAGGCCUCAGAGAAGGAGCACGCUGCAACCUGGGAUGAGCCUCAGUUCUCAGACAACUCAGGUGAGAAUAUGGUGGACAGGAGGAAUCAUUUUCAUAAUUCUGCUUAGACUCCUAGAAUUUAAUUUAUCUUUCUUAUAUUACUGUAUAUGAAUAACACAUUGUUUUAUACAGGUUCUCCCUGUGAAGUCCCAUUUACACCUGUAAAUGGGGAUUUUAUAUGUACUCAAGAUAGUGCUGGAGUUAACUGUACAUUAAGCUGCUUGGACGGCUAUGAUUUCACAGAAGGGUCUACUGAGAAGUAUUAUUGUGCUUAUGAAGAUGGUAUCUGGAAACCACCAUAUUCCACUGAAUGGCCAGACUGUGCUAGUAAGUUUUUAUUGAUUUUCUGGACUCCUUUAGUCCCCUCGUUUUGUAGUGAUGCUGACGACAUUGACUGCAGACUGGAGGACCUGACCAAAAAAUAUUGCCUUGAAUAUAACUAUGACUAUGAAAAUGGCUUUGCAAUUGGACCGGGAGGAUGGGGUGCAGCUAAUAGGCUGGAUUACUCUUACGAUGACUUUUUGGAUGCUGUGCAAGAAACACCCACAGGUGCCGGCAAAGCCAGAUCUUCACGGAUGAAAAGAAGUACCCCAUUAACUGACCACAAAAUUAAGUUAAUUUUUAACAUCACAGCUAGUGUGCCAUUACCUGAUGAAAGAAAUGAUACCCUUGAAUUGGAAAAUCAGCGACGACUCAUUAAGACCCUGGAAACUAUCACAAAUCAGCUGAAAAGGUCCUUCAAUGAGGAUCCCAUGUAUACCUUUCAGCUUGCAUCGGAAAUUCUGGUAGCCGACAGCAAUUCUUUAGAAACGGAAAGGGCUUUUCUCUUCUGCAGACCGGGCUCGGUGCUCAGAGGGCGCAUGUGUGUGAAUUGUCCUUUGGGGACAUAUUAUUCUCUGCAGCAUUCUGUCUGUGAAAGCUGCUCUAUGGCAUCCUAUCAAGAUGAAGAAGGGCAACUCGAGUGCAAACUCUGUCCGAAUGGGACUUACACCGAAUAUCUCCAUUCAAGAAGCAUCUCGGAAUGUAAAGCUCAGUGUAAACAAGGCACCUACUCAUCCAAUGGGCUUGAGACUUGUGAAUCGUGUCCACUGGGCAGUUAUCAGCCAGAAUUUGGUGCCAGGAGCUGCCUCUCGUGUCCACAAAACACUUCAACUGUAAAAAGAGGAGCCGUGGAUAUUUCUGCGUGUGGAGUACCUUGUCCAGUAGGAGAAUUCUCUCGUUCUGGAUUAAUGCCCUGUUACCCAUGUCCUCGAGACUACUACCAACCCAAUUCAGGGAAGUCCUUCUGCUUAGCUUGCCCCUUUUACGGAACUACAACCUUCACUGGCGCCAGAUCCAUCACAGAUUGUUCCAGUUUUAGUUCAACUUUCUCAGCAGCNUCUCAUUCUUUCCUUUUCUUUAUUUCUUUAAAUAUUUUUAAGGAGGGUCAUGAGCUGUCUAAUCAGGUUUUCCAUGAAUGCUUCUUAAACCCCUGCCACAACAGUGGAACCUGCCAACAACUUGGGCGUGGUUACAUUUGUCUCUGUCCACCUGGAUAUACAGGCCUAAAGUGUGAAGUAGACGUUAAUGAAUGCAGCUCACUGCCUUGCCUCAACAAUGGAAUUUGUAAAGACCAAGUUGGGAAAUUCCUUUGUGAAUGCCCAUCUGGUUACACAGGUCAACUAUGUGAAGAAAAUAUAAAUGAGUGUAUUUCCAGUCCUUGUUUAAAUAAAGGAACUUGCGUUGAUGGCUUGGCUGGCUAUCACUGCACGUGUGUGAAAGGAUACAUAGGCCUGCAUUGUGAAACAGAAGUCAACGAAUGUCAGUCAAGCCCAUGCUUAAAUAAUGCCAUCUGUGAAGAUCAGGUUGGGAGGUUCUUGUGCAAAUGCCCACCUGGAUUUUGGGGUACCCGGUGUGAAAAAAACAUGGACGAGUGUCUCAGUCAACCAUGCAAAAAUGGAGCCACCUGUAAAGAUGGUGCCAAUAGGUUCAGGUGCCAGUGUGCAGCGGGCUUCACAGGGCCACUCUGUGAAUUGAACAUCAAUGAAUGUCAGUCUAACCCAUGUAGAAAUCAGGCCACCUGUGUGGAUAAAUUAAACUCCUUUAGUUGUAAAUGUCGGCCGGGAUUUUCAGGCAGCAGGUGUGAAACAGAACAGUCUAUGGGUUUUAACCUGGAUUUUGAAGUGUCUGGUACUUACGGUUACGUCAUGCUAGAUGGCGUGCUUCCAACUCUCCGUGCUGUCACCUGCACAUUCUGGAUGAAGUCCUCUGAUAGCAACAACUAUGGAACGCCAAUCUCCUAUGCACUCGAGAAUGGCAGUGAUAAUACCUUCCUCCUGACUGAUUAUAAUGGCUGGGUUCUUUAUGUGAAUGGCAAGGAAAAGAUAACCGACUGUCCCUCUGUGAAUGACGGCCAUUGGCAUCAUAUUGCAAUCACCUGGACAAGCACUGAUGGAGCCUGGAAAGUCUAUAUUGAUGGGAAAUUAUCUGAUGGUGGUCUGGGCCUCUCUGUUGGUGCAGCCAUACCUGGUGGUGGUGCAUUAGUUCUUGGGCAAGAGCAAGACAAAAAAGGAGAGGGAUUCAACCCAGCUGAGUCUUUUGUGGGCUCCAUAAGCCAGCUCAACCUCUGGGACUAUGUCCUGUCUCCACAGCAGGUGAAAUCAUUGGUUACUUCAUGCCCAGAGGAACUCAGUAAAGGAAACGUGUUAGCCUGGCCUGAUUUCCUGUCAGGAAUUAUGGGAAAGGUGAAGAUCGAUUCCAAGAGCGUUUUCUGUUCUGAUUGCCCACCUUUAGAAGGAUCAGUACCGCAUCUGCGAACUGCAUCAGCGGACUUAAAGCCAGGCUCCAAAAUCAACCUGUUCUGUGAUCCAGGCUUCCAGAUGGUUGGGAACCCUGUGCAGUACUGUCUGAACCAAGGACAGUGGACACAACCACUCCCUCGCUGUGAACGCAUUAGCUGUGGGGUGCCACCCACUUUGGAGAAUGGCUUUUACUCGGCUGAGGACUUCCAUGCUGGCAGCACAGUGACCUAUCAAUGCAACAAUGGCUACUAUUUGUUGGGAGAUUCAAGGAUGUUCUGUACAGAUAAUGGGAGCUGGAAUGGCAUUUCACCAUCAUGCCUUGAUGUCGACGAAUGCGCAGUUGGGUCCGAUUGUAGUGAGCAUGCUUCCUGCAUCAACAGAAAUGGAUCCUACGUUUGCUGGUGUAUCCCACCCUACACAGGAGAUGGUAAACACUGUGCAGGUAGCUAUUAUAUGUUGUGUUCAGUUAUAUUCUCUGUUAUGCAAAUUGUACUUAACUGUUUUCUCCCUGUUCUGCAGCAUAUCACUGGCAGGAUCUUUGAGAGUGAAGUGAGAUAUCGGUGUAACCCAGGAUAUGAGUCAGCUGGAAAUCCUGUAUUUGUCUGCCAAGCCAAUCGCCACUGGCACAGUGAAUCCCCUCUGUCAUGCAUCCCUCUCAACUGUGGAAAACCUCCUCCAAUCCAGAAUGGCUACAUGAAAGGAGAACAUUUUGAAGUAGGGUCCAAGGUUCUGUUUUUCUGUAAUGAGGGUUAUGAGCUUAUUGGUGAUAAUUCUUGGACAUGCCAGAAAUCUGGCAAAUGGAAUACUUACAGGGCCCUUCCAUCAUUGGAUGCUCAGCGUCAGGCAGCUGGGACAGAGCGCCACCUACCUGUCAUCUUGUCUUCUGUGGGGAGCCGCCUGCCAUCAAAGAUGCUGUCAUCACCGGGAGUAACUUCACUUUUGGGAACACUGUCACUUAUACUUGCAAAGAAGGAAAUAACAUUUGAAAAACUAGGAAGCAGACCACAAACAGCUUUCACGCUCAUUGUCUCCUUUGAUCCCCACAAAAACCCUGUGAGGUACAGAGAAAGGUGUCUGGAAGGUUAUAUGAUGGAUACAGAUAUAGAUACAUUCACGUGUCAGGAAGAUGGUCGUUGGUUCCCUCAGAGAAUUUCCUGCAGUCCUAAAAAAUGUACUCUGCCAGCAAACAUGACACAUAUACUUGUUCAUGGGGAUGAUUUCGGGAACCGGGCACGGGUCUGUCAGGAGAACAGACAGUGGAGUGGAGUGACGGCAACAUGCAAAAAAACCAGAUGUAAAGCUCCACUUGGGUUUCUGAAUGGGAGAGCGGAAGUUGAAAACACUACAGCCGGACCCAGCGUGGUGUAUUCCUGCAACACAGGCUACAGUCUCGAAGGGACGCCUAGGGCAGUCUGCACUGAAAAUGGAACUUGGAGCCACCCAGUUCCUCUCUGCAAACCAAAUCCAUGCCCUGUCCCUUUUGUCAUCCCUGAGAAUGCUCUGCUUUCUGAAAAAGAGUUUUAUGUCAAUCAGAAUGUGUCUAUCAAGUGCAGAGAAGGCUACCUGCUCCAGGGCGAAGGUGUCAUUACCUGCAACCCCGACGAGACGUGGACACAGACAAGUGCCAGAUGUGAAAAAAUCUCAUGUGGUCCACCAGCUCACGUGGAAAAUGCGAUUGCUCGAGGCGUUCAUUACCAGUAUGGGGACAUGAUCACCUACUCGUGUUACAGUGGAUACAUGUUGGAGGGUUCCCUAAGGAGUGUUUGCCUCGAGAGUGGAAACUGGACAUCACCUCCUAUUUGCAGAGCUGUCUGUCGAUUCCCAUGUCAGAAUGGAGGUAUCUGCCAACGCCCAAAUGCUUGCUCCUGUCCAGAUGGCUGGAUGGGGCGCCUCUGUGAAGAGCCAAUAUGCAUUCUUCAGUGUCUGAAUGGCGGGCGCUGUGUGGCCCCUUAUCAGUGCGACUGCCUGCCUGGCUGGACGGGGUCCCGCUGUCACCUAGCCGUUUGCCAGUCUCCCUGCUUAAAUGGUGGAAAAUGUGUAAGACCAAACCGGUGUCAUUGUCUCUCGGCUUGGACAGGACAUGACUGUUCCAGGAAAAGGAGGACUGGGUUUUAACCACUGCACAAUCAACCAGCUCUCCUAAAAGCAGGAUCAUCUCUUCCUGGUAUAGUCCUGGGCAUCCUGGAACUUACGCAAAGAAAUUCCAACACGGUGCUGGGUCUUGUUUUGUUUAGUAAACUUGUUAUUUGGGGUUCACUUUUUUAUUUUGUGUUAUAUUUUGUUAUUCCUUGUGACAUACUUUCUUACACGUUUCCAUUUUUAAAUAUGCCUGUAUUUUCUAUAUAAAAAUAUAUUAAAUA